AUGAUGGCCUCCACAAAGGAUUCGUCGUCUUCCGUAUCCCCACGAUUUCCAUCACGCCUCCCUCCCUCCCCAACAGCAAGUGCCCUCCCUAUCAAAACCCCUCACCACAGAACCCACUCGAUAGGCUCUGUAAAUACCCACCGCAUAACGCGACGGAAGAGUAUGUCAUCGACAGCCGGAACAGCCAACAUGGCCGCCGUAGUCCAAGCAGUCAAGGAGGCCGCCGCUGAAAUACCAUUCUCGCUCCCAGCACCGACUGGGCUCGCUCGGAGUCCUGGUAAAGCGGGCAAGACACCGGUAUUAGGGAAUAGCGGAUAUCCUAGCCCGCCAAGCAGCCUACCCACUUCAACAGUAGUCCCGGGCCCGACGCUCAGCGGCAAUAACAACAGUAACAGCAAUGCAACGGCAGAGGAGAACCUACAGUUCCCGAGGAAGACAGGGAGUCUGGAAAAUGGUAGCGGUGAUAGUGCAAUUGCUGAGGGAUAUGGACCAGAUGCGAUGAAGAGCGCAGGAGGGAGACGUAGAGCGAGUGAGGGUGCACAUCUAGUGUUGGGAGGCGCACCCGGGGGCAGCAGGGCGAGGAGUGGGAGCGAACUAAAGUGUGACAAGUGUGGGAAGGGAUGGGAACACACGCCUGAAUGGUCUUACACCUCUAAGCUCCUAAUAUCCAAGCACCAGCAAGUACAGCUCCUCGAAGCCGCCUCUAUUCUUGUUUCCAUGAACCCGAGCACCACGCCCCCGACUUCCAACUCCGGCGCCGACCACGACAGCUCGUCAUCUUCCUCGGAGGACACUACACCCCCGCCGCACUCAGACAUUGGCAGCCCAACCCCACGCGGUAUCCGCAACGGCGCCGGCAAACCUGGAAAACGCCUCUCCGGAUCAUAUCCGCGCUCUUCCACCGCCCCGAAUGCUACUGGCUUCCCGAGCCAUUUCGUGCAGAAACACACGACGCCGAGGCAGAGAACGAGGAUUACACCCUCAGAAGAUGAGGCGCUGGCGUCGGCAAUUGAGCUACUAAGUUGCUCGUUUAGGACAAUUGGGAGCCCACAGCCAUCACUCGUAGUAGGAAGCUUGUUGGGACGGGUAAACGAGGUGAAGAGGGAGGAGGAGGAAGAAGAGGACGAAGGCGAUGUGAGUAUGGUGGAUCUGGAAGAGAGUGGGAGUGAGGUUGAGGGGUGGGGUGGGAGACGUGGGAGCGACGAGGAGGAGGACGGCGUCUUUGGCAGGAUGGAGGAAUAA